AUGGAUCAUAUGGCAGAAGCACAUUUUCAACUUCCACCGCUAAAAGUAGCAGUGAUCGGUGCCGGAGUUUCGGGUCUUCUCGCCGCCCGCGAGCUUCAGCGGGUCGGUCUCAAUGCGGUGGUUUACGAAAGAUCCGACCAAAUCGGAGGAACAUGGGCGUACACUCCAGAAGUGGAAGAAGAAGAUCCACUCGGGUUGGAUCCAAACCGGAAAAUCGUUCACAGUAGUCUCUACAAAUCCCUCCGAACCAACUUUCCGCCGGCGCUUAUGGAGUUCAUGGAUUAUCCCUUUAAUGUCGGUGGCGGGUUUGAUAGGAAGACAUACUUUGCAACCCACGAAGAAAUCCUCCAAUUCUUGAAGAAUUUUGUCGCGCAUUUCGGGCUUGAGAAGCUCAUUCGGUUUAGUACCCGAGUUGUUCGUGUUGAGGCAGAGGACGUUGGCCGGAGAUGGAUUGUUGAGUCGAAAAAAGAAGCUACCGGAGGGAUGGGAAGGCGAUCCGACGAAGAACUGUUUGACGCCGUUGUGGUUUGUAAUGGUCAUAACACACAGCCAAGACUUGCAAAUGUCGCAGGAAUCAAAAGAUGGCCUGGAAAACAAAUUCACAGUCACAAUUAUCGAGUUCCAAAACCUUACAAAGAUCAGGUUGUAGUUGUGAUUGGUGGUGGACCAAGCGCCUAUGAUAUUGCAUUUGACAUUUCAAAAGUAGCAAAAGAAGUUCAUAUCUCAACCAGACAUCCUCAAGCAGAGGUUAAAAAAUUUGGGACAUGUAACAAUAUGUGGCAGCAUUUACAGAUCAAAGAGUGCCACGAGAAUGGAGAAGUAUGCUUUGAGGAUGGAGCAUCAAUUGUUGUCGAUACCAUUAUUCAUGCCUCCGGGUUCAAAUAUGAUUUCUCUUUCCUGAAAACAAAUGGAGUUGUGACAGUUGAUGACAAUAGGGUUGGACCUUUGUACAAGCACGUCUUUCCUCCCCAACUUGCUCCCACCCUUUCUUUUGUUGGCAUCCCAAAACAGACAGUGAAUUUUCGGAUGAUAGAAUUGCAAGCCAAGUGGGUGGCGCAAGUGUUAUCUGGGAAAGUGGCACUGCCUUCAAAAGAAGAGAUGUUGGCAGAUGUUGAAUUACAUUACCUGCAAAUGGAAAAGAAUGGCAUCCCAAAGCAUCAUACCCACACCAUAGCCUUGCACUCAUAUUAUAAAGGGUUUGGGUACAUGGACUGGCUAGCUGCUCAAAUAGGACUUCCACCGGCUGAUGAGGAAUUAAAAGUCGUACUGGACAGACUUAUUGAAUUUAAUAUGAAAAAAGCACAACCACAACCUCUAAAAGUAGCGGUGAUCGGUGCCGGAGUUUCGGGUCUUCUCGCCGCCCGGGAGCUUCGACGGGUCGGUCUAAAUAAUGUGGUGGUUUACGAAAAAUCCGGCCAAAUCGGAGGAACAUGGGUGUACACUCCAGAAGUGGAAGAUGAUGAUCCGCUCGGGUUGGAUCCUAACCGGAAAAUAGUUCACAGUAGUCUCUACAAAUCGCUCCGAGCCAACUUACCGCCUACGCUUAUGGAGUUCAUGGACUAUCCCUUUAAUGUAAAUGUUGGUGGGGAUUUUGAUAGGAAAACAUACUUCGCCAGCCAUGAGGAAGUGUUGCAAUUCUUGAAGAACUUUGUCGCGCAUUUCGGGCUUGAGAAGCUAGUCCGGUUUAAUACCCGAGUUGUUCGGGUUGAGGCGGAAGACGGUGGCCGGAGAUGGAUUGUUGAGACGGAAAAAAACAUGACCGGUGGCCUGGAAACGGGAUCCGAAGAGGAAAUGUUUGACGCGGUUGUGGUUUGUAAUGGUCAUAACACGCAACCCAGACUUGCAAAUGUUCCAGGAAUCAAAGGAUGGCCUGGAAAACAAAUCCACAGUCAUAACUAUCGAAUUUCAAAGCCUUACAAAGAUAAGGUUGUAGUUGUGAUUGGUGGUGGACCAAGCGCCUAUGAUAUUGCAUUUGACAUUUCAAUAGUAGCAAAAGAAGUUCAUAUCUCAACCAGAAAUCCUCACGCUGAGGUUAGAAAAUCUGAGACAUCUAACAAUGUGUGGCAGCAUUUACAGAUCAAAGAGUGCCACGAGAAUGGAGAAGUAUGCUUCGAGGAUGGGGCAUCAAUUAUAGCUGAUAUCAUUCUCCAUGCCACCGGGUUCUACUAUGACUUUUCUUUCCUGAAAACAAAUGGUGUUGUGACUGUUGAUGAUAAUCAAGUUGGGCCAUUGUAUAAGCAUGUUUUCCGUCCCCAACUUGCUCCCACCCUUUCUUUUGUUGGCAUCCCAAAACAGACAGUCAAUUUUCUGGUGAUGGAAUUGCAAGCAAAGUGGAUAGCAGAAGUUCUAGCUGGAAAAGUGGCAUUACCUUCAAAAGAGGAGAUGAUGACCGAUAUUGAAUUACAUUAUCAGCAACUGGAGAAGAAUGGUAUCCCAAAGCAUCAUACCCACAACAUAGCCUUAAAAAGUUUUGAAUAUGUGGACUGGUUGGCUGCUCAAGUUGGAUUACCACCCGCUGACGAGGAAUUAAAGGUCCUACUGGAGAGAGUUAUGGAAUUUACUAUAAAAAAUCAGCAUGAUAAAAAAGACUUUGCAGAGCAUUUUUAUAAGUUGUAAAUCAUUGUAGUCUGAGCUACUUGUUCAUGGGUAUGGACUCCCAUCAAUUCUUUUUUGUGAACUUUUAAAAUCUUUCUUUGUACGUUGUGUAAUAACUGGAAUUAAAAAAAUAUUAUACUUCCAAAAUAAUUGCUUAUCUGCAUUUUAAAAUACUAGAUAGAAUUGACGCA